AUGGCUGAGGGCACAUUGAUCACACAUACGCAUGCGUUCUUGUACCAGAUCAGGAAGCAUCCGCUUGGCGAUGUUCUGUUCUCAUGCUUUGAACCGGAGGUAGAGGCGCUUAGAGUGGAUGAUGACCUUCGAGAGGCAUUUCAUGCCACGCGACGGCCAACACAAGGCGAUGUGGCAGCAAGGAUUACGGCCAAAGCUGAAGCUCCUGCAAAACGAGCACGCCGAGCUCCGCAAAAGCCUCGCAAGGCUGACAUGUGCUGGAGAAACUUCCACGCUCCAAACUGGUGCAACGUGGAUCCUGAUGUACGCCGAGGGAUUCCGCCCAGCCGGAUCUUCCUGGUGGGGUACUCGCAAGGUGGCGGCUUGGCACUGGCUGCGGCUUUGCGCGCGCCACGUCGUUUGGGUGGUGUCUUGAUGCUGAGUUCCUGGGUGGCAGAGCCUUUGCCCGAUGACUUCAAGGAUGUGCCAGUGCACUUUUUUCAUGGUGCUGAAGACCCCGUCGUGCCCCUGAGCACAGUUCAGGUGGGUCAGGCACGCCUUGAGGCAGCUGGGCUGAGGACGACCUUGCAUGCCUAUGCUGGCAUGACUCAUGGCGUUUGCGAUGAGGAGGUGGCCGAUCUGGCGCAGACCUUCUACGAGUCGCUGCGGUGA